AUGGUCCGCGCCGCUGAAGCCGGGCAGCCUGAGCGCUGACACGGGAGCAGGUUGCCCGCUGCCUCGCUUCCCUUCCUUCGUGGCGGAUGUGUCGAGGACGGAACCUCCACUUGGACGGGGAGCUCUCGGCGUCCCCUCGACCAUGGCUUCCAACUUCAACGACAUAGUGAAGCAGGGAUACGUGAGGAUACGGAGUAAGAAACUGGGGAUCUUCCGGAGAUGUUGGCUGGUGUUCAAGAAGGCAUCCAGUAAAGGACCGCGACGCUUGGAGAAAUAUCCUGAUGAGAAAGCUGCCUACUUCAGGAGCUUUCACAAGAUCACUGAGCUCCAUAAUAUCAAGAACAUUAGCAGGAUGCCGAGAGAGAGCAAGAAGCACGCCGUGGCCAUUAUCUUCUGUGACGACACGUCCAAGACCUUUGCCUGCGAAUCCGAGCUGGACGCUGAGGAAUGGUGCAAGCUGCUGAACGUGGAGUGCCUGGGCAGCCGUCUCAACGACAUCAGCCUGGGCGAGCCCGACCUGUUAGCGGCGGGGGUGCAGCGGGAGCAGAACGAGCGUUUCAACGUGUACCUGAUGCCCACGCCCAACCUGGACAUCUACGGGGAAUGCACCAUGCAGAUCACCCACGAGAACAUCUACCUGUGGGACAUCCACAACGCCCGCCUCAAACUCGUCAUGUGGCCUCUGAGCUCGCUGCGACGAUACGGCCGAGACUCCACAUGGUUCACGUUCGAGUCCGGGAGGAUGUGCGACACGGGCGAGGGCUUGUUCACGUUCCAGACGCGGGAAGGAGAGAUGAUCUAUCAGCGCGUCCACUCGGCCACUCUGGCCAUCGCACAGCAGCAUGAGAGGAUGAUGGAGGAGAUGGAGAAAAGCUCCCAGGUGCGCUCCUCCGAGACCCUCACCAAGUCCAUCUCCCUGCCACGCAGCGCCUACUGGCAACACAUCACACGGCAGAACAGCGUGGGAGAUCUCUACAGCUACCAAGGAAGCAGCAUGGAGAUGACGUUCAUCCCACGAGCGCAGACCUUCCCCAACUUCCUGUCCCAUCAGCACGAGAGGGAAGAGCAGGACAAAGACGACGACGACGACGAGGACGAGGAGGAAGAAGAGACGAAGCGCCAUCAAGAGGCGUUGUCGCCCUCUAGUGGCCGAGCAGCCACCUGCAGCCUGAGGCCGCUUCAAUGACAGUUGGGCCUUUGGACACUUUUGAGCACUACUGUAGAGCGAAUGUAGACCUGUGUAUAGUCACGUGUAUUAUAUGAUGUCAUUCGUUAAGUUAAUUCAUUAUCGUGUCCACUUUUUAGUGUCUUAAAACAAAUGUUUGAAUAAAUGUCGUUUUAAUGUGUUUUUAUGUUCAAGCCAGCUUUUAGAACGUAUUUUGUUUACAUGAAAAAGCUGUCAUAGGCUGGUUCUCGUCACCUUUAAAACUGCUCAAACACGUCUUGACGCUGGCCGAGGUAUUCAUUUCUACGUUAUGUUUAUUAUUGUGAUUGUACUGGUGCGAAACUGAGAGCUGUUCCUCAUAUGUUCAAUGUAUUUGGCAAGAAAAGCAAAUGGUAAUUAGAAAUAUUAAUUGUCAUGAAUAGUCGGUCUUUAGCAGAAAUACAGAAAACGCAUCUAAAAAUGAUAAUAGAUUUAUCCUCAUUUGCAUGUAUUUCAAUUACAAUCUAAACAUUUUAUUUGCAAUUUAUUUUAGUAAAAUAAUGACAUUUUUGGCAAAUAUUUAUUAAUAAUUAUAAAUAAAUAAUAUUUAUUUAUUAAUAAAAUUAAAUUAUUUUGGUGGCAAAUUAAUUUACUGACAUUUCUGCAAAAAAGCACCUUGAAAAAUUAUUAUUAUUAUUAUUAUUUAAUAAAUUUUAAAUGGAAAAUAAUUAAUAAAAAAUAAUAAGGAAUAAUAAUGAAGUGUUGGUCCCGGUUUACAAUAUUUUUUUACUCUCAUUCCAGUAAAAAGUGCCUUCCGACUCACUGAGACCUUUUAUUUUUUGAUAUUAAUUUUAAUAUUAUUUUUGUGUACACAACACACAAUCUGCCCCGCCUGUACAACACCUGCUGACACGCCUUCCCAGCGUCUAAUGUUAUUUUAUUUGUGUAAGACUUGAUAGAAAUAUACAAACAUGUCACUUUAUUUCCUGUUGUGUGAUGGCACUUUUAUGAUGUUUGACUGUAAAUAUGUUUUUUUUUUUUUUUCCCGAUGAUGGAGGUAAUAAACUUGAAUGUUCCACCA